AUGACGGACACAGGUGAUACGAAAGAACCAAAGAGGCUCGUAGGAAGAAGACGACAAAAAACAGAAAACCCAGUCGAAAUCGCAAACAAGGUCUCAGAUGAUGAGUUCCUUACACAGUAUCUAAAACCGAGUUGGUCGGAAUGGAAACAUCCUCAAGGCGAAACAACAUGUACCCUGAGUCUUGCACGGCCUACAUGUAUGAGUGAUGAAGAUUUGGAGGCAUGCUACAACUUGGUAGAUGAAACAAGCGGUGCAGACUAUCGCGACUCAUCGCUUGGGUGGCAUCCGGCUGCAAAGAAGAAGGAGAUGCGAUCGCCAGAUCUCAGAUACAUCUUGGUAAAAGACGGACAAGGCACUAUAAAAGGCUUUACGUCUUUUAUGCCCACUUUUGAGAACCACGAAGCUGUGGUUUACUGUUAUGAGAUUCACUUGAAACAGGAACUACAAGGAACCGGACUAGGCAAACAGCUCAUGGGUUACUACAUGGACGUUGCAGAGAACAUACCAAGUAUCGAAAAAGCCAUGCUCACAUGUUUUGUGAGUAACAAAUCUGCGCUCAAAUUCUACGAGAGACUGGGAUUCACAAGAGACGAUUACUCCCCAAGGGAAAGAAAACUAAGAGGAGGAAAGGUGGUGGUACCCGACUAUGUGAUACUCAGUCGACCAACAGCCGCAAAAAAGGUCGAUGAUUCAAGAGCUCACCAGCCUGGACGUUGA